CUCUCACUCAACAGUUCGUUAUUACUACAAUGGAAUCGGUUCCCGCCAUUUUGAUAUGGCUAACUCCGUACAUUCUAUCUGUGGCUGCAUUUGUCAUCCUUUUGGAGCAAAUCAGUUACUUGAAAAAGAAACGCUCCUUUCCUGGUCCAUUUUUGGUGUUACCGUUCUUUGGCAAUGUGAUUUCGCUUGCCCGGAAUCCGACGUCGUUUUGGGAGGUUCAGUCCGCGAUGGCUAAAUCCUCAGACGUCGGAUUCUCGGUUAACUAUAUAAUCGGCAGAUUCAUCGUCUUCAUCCGCUCAUCUGAGCUUUCGCGUAAAGUAUUUGCGAACGUCCGCCCAGAUGCCUUCCAUCUGGUCGUCUACCCGUUCGGCCGAAAACUAUUCGGCGAGUGUAACAUUCUUUACAUGACGGGCCAGGAACACAAGGAUUUACGACGUAGUAUUGCUCCCAACUUUACUCCCAAAGCUCUUUCAACUUACAUUGAGCUUCAACAACGCAUUAUCCUCAAGCACAUGAAAUCAUGGAUACAGAUGCCGGAAUCAAACACAAAACCUUUUCCUCUGCGGUUUCUCUGCCGCGAUAUGAAUUUAGAAACGAGUCAGAAUGUUUUCGUUGGACCGUAUUUGACUAACGAGUCACAGAAGCGAUUCGAAGCUGAAUACAAUCUAUUCGCAGCCGGGUUGACAGCAUUACCGAUUGAUUUACCGGGAUUUGCUUUUAGAAACGCCAAAGUAGCGGUGUCGAGACUCGUAGAGACGCUCGCGGUCUGCGUCGAAGACAGUAAGACAAAAAUGAAGUCAGGCGACGCCCCGGCGUGUUUGGUUGAUUUCUGGAUGCAAGAAAUCGUUCGUGAAACCGCCACCUCCGAAGCAGAACAAACACGAGAGAAACAACCACCGCACACUAGUAGCGUUGAGCUCGCGGGUCACCUAUUUGAUUUCCUCUUCGCCUCACAAGACGCUUCAACCGCGUCGCUUCUUUGGGCUGUGACUUUACUCGAUUCACAUCCGGAGGUUUUGGAGAGGGUUAGGAAAGAAGUCGCGGUUUUUUGGUCACCAGAAUCCGAUAAACUAAUCACCGCGGAUCAGCUUAGGGAAAUGCGGUACACGGAGGCAGUAGCGAAGGAGGUCAUCCGGUAUCGAGCACCGGCAGCGAUGAUUCCACAUGUUGCCGGUGAAGACUUCCCGUUAACAGACGGGUACACGAUUCCCAAAGGGGCGAUCGUUUUCCCAUCCGUGUUUGAAUCUUCAUUCCAAGGGUUUGUUGACCCAUAUCGGUUUGACCCAGACCGGUUUAUGGAGGACCGACAAGAGGAUUGGGUCUACAAGAAAAACUACUUGUCAUUUGGAGUCGGGGCCCACCAAUGUGUGGGUCAAAGAUACGCUAUUAAUCAUCUGGUUCUCUUCAUUGGGAUGUUCACCUCUUUGUUUGAUUUCAAGAGAUAUCGAUCUGAUGGUUGUGAUGAGAUCGAGUAUCUCCCCGCUAUAUAUCCACGCGACGGUUGCAAAGUUGUAGUGUCACUUAGAUGUCCAUCGUAAGUAUAAAAACAUGUUGUGUUUGUGUUGGAUAAUAAUAAGGUUAACAAACGUGAUCAUCGGGUAGUUAACCAUGAAUAAUCGACUACAUUAUUGUAAGAAAUUGGUUUAUCUUUUAUUAAUAAAAUGAUGACAACGAUAUUUUCGUUAUU